CAAUGCUCCUCUGUCUUUCUCGUCCAAAGUGUGCUAUAUAAAGUACAGAGAUCCCUCCAGUGUUGGUGUGGCGCAACAUCUCACCAAUACUGUUUUUAUUGACAGAGCUUUGAUAGUAGUGCCAUGUGCCGAAGAUGACUAGACUGGCCCAGCUGUUACACUACACUAGCCUGAGUCAGGCAUUGUUUUCCAAGCCACUAUCCCCGAUCGGGCCAACGCAGCCUUCAAGGGGGAAUGUGACCAGGAGAAUAGCCCGCUGAACCUUCCAAGAUGGACACCUUGUCUCUUUUUAUUUAUUUAUUUUUUUCUUUUGGUUUGUUUCCUUUCAUACUUUCCCAUGUUGUCCACUCUCUACUGUCUCUAUCUAGAAAAAUACCGUAUUGCUUAUCUCUAGCUUUGUGUUUAUAUUUGUUAUUUUGGUUUGUUGUUUUGAUUAUUGUCCAACCCCCACCCCCUCUCUCUCUUCUGCUACAGCUGCAGCUUGUGUGUGAUUGAAUUCUGUCCAGGUUGCUACGGCAUACCGGUGGGAUGUGUAUCACACAUGGGAUGCUAGGAGGAUCACUAACACUUUACUCUCUUGUCACCUACUCCUGUUGACAUAGUGAGAGGAUUAGACAUUAUAAUAGUGAGACCCAGUAGAGUCUUUUAAAUUCUAUUUGCACUUUUCACCUGUGCUGAAAUCUGUAGUAAAAAAGGUUUCCCCAUAUAUUACUACUUUAUAGCUCUGGUAUGAAUGUUUAGUAUUUAUUAACCCAGUCACUCUCCAUUGAACAUCAUUUUUUCUCUCUUAACUUGGAAAUUCGUGACACAUGAAUUAAUGUUUUGCGCGUUAUUUGUUUGACAUAUUUCCUAGCAAUACAAGAAUUUUUCAAAUGGUAACUCAUGCUCAGUGCCUCCAGCUAUAAUGAACAAGAUUUGAAGUGUUUUUUGUUUCUUAUUGGUCUUUAUGUAGCCUUUUUCUCCAGCUAUAAUCCAGAGUGGAAUGAUCAGAAUCCCUAAUUGGUUGUUGUUUUAGCUAAGUCUUGGCUAACAUUUACUACAGUUCUUAAAUUUGUUGUUCUUUUCUGUAUUUGAUGUCCUGUGUGCUAUUAGUGAUGCAGCCAUUGGGGUUGUCUUGUGUUGCACACCUUUCCAACACUGCGAAACGAUCGCCCCACGGAAAAGCGCCCAUGCUUGAUAUCGUAUGGUUCAUGACCAAUAUGUUUCCAGUACAGGGAAAAUCCCAGAAGAGGCCAAGGCCUUGUCACUUUUGGCACCUGCUGCCCCAGUGCCCAGUCUGAUUCCUGGUGGAGGACUGCUGCCAAUUCCCACUCCGGCUCCGCUUCAGAAUCUGAACCUUCCCAUAGUAAAUCGGCUGUCAGCUGCUCUGGACCCCACAGCCUCAGUUCACUCCCAGCCCCCCCUCAUGGGGAAUGUGGAUCCUUCAAAAGUUGAUGAGAUCAGGAGGACCGUCUAUGUUGGCAACUUGAAUUCACAGACUACCACUGCAGACCAGCUGUUGGAGUUCUUCAAGCAGGUGGGAGAUGUUAAGUUUGUGCGAAUGGCCGGAGAUGAGACCCAGCCAACACGCUUCGCCUUCGUAGAGUUUGUUGAGCAGGAGUCCGUCGCCAGAGCCCUGACCUUUAAUGGAGUCAUGUUCGGAGACAGACCCCUGAAGGUUAAUCAUUCCAAUAACGCCAUAGUAAAACCCCCAGAGAUGACACCACAGGCUGCUGCUAAAGAGCUAGAAAGUGUGAUGAAGAGGGUGAGGGAGGCCCAGUCUACUAUUGCUGCUGCCAUUGAGCCAGUUGACAUAAAGAAGCGUUCCUCCAGUCGGUCUAGAAGGUCAAGACGGUCCCGCUCACGGUCCCGCUCCCGUUCACACUCAAGAAUGCACAGGAAAAGGUCGCGUUCGAGACACAGACUGGUGCCAAAGUUGUGGCCAAGGAAUGACUCCCACAAUUCCCGAAGUAGCCACAGGAGGCGGUCACGUUCCAGAGACAGGAGACACAGUCGAAGUCGAUCAAGGGGCCACAGGAGGAAGAGUAAGGAUCGGUCCAGGAGCCCUCGGAGGAAAGCUAGAUCACCCUCACCCAAAAGAGGUAAGAAAGACAAGAGGAGGGAGCGCAGCAGGGACCGAAAGGACCGCUCCACGUCCAGGAAAAGGAGCCGCAAGGACGAGGACAGGAUAAAGGGCAAGGCAAAGCCAAUGAAGGUGGAAAGGGACUAUGACAGAGAAGAAAAAGAAGACUAUGAAAGUGAGAGAGAAGACUCGGUCACACUCAGCGAGGAUAUGAUGUCAUCACCCUCCACCCAGCAUAAUGGCAGCUACAAGACUCACAAUGAGGAGUACGCAUCUAUGGGUGCAGACAGCACCAAGUGACUAUCACAACACCAUGUAAACUAAUCCUGCACACACACUCAUGAACACCAGAUAACCACUCACAACAGCUUGUUUUUCUCAUCAUCAUCAUCAUCUCCCAUUAUACAAACUGAUUUCUACAGCUCAGUCUUGGCAACAUAUGGAUCCUAUAGUUCAGUUAAUUUUGGUAUCCCACUUAAAAGGCAUAUGAGCACUUAGUAUAACAGAGACAGCCCCACCUUUACUAUUUGGUAGGGAAGCUUAAGAUUUUUGGGCUUGCAAUAGGUGUACAUGAUUAAUGUAACAGUGCAACACUAAAUACUACAGGCUCAGAAACUAACAUCAGCUCAACAAUAACUGCACAACAGCGGCUUCCCAAAGUCUUUGUUGCAAAGCUUUAAGGCAGGUGAUGCUGUGUCCUCCUACUGUAUGUGUUUAUGCUUCAAGACCUUAAUCCCUUUUCUGUAUCGAUGGUUAAACUGAUGUCUCCUACCCCAGCAGACUAGAAAAAUGUGCAGGCUUGAACCAGCUGCAGAGCCUUAGUGACUCCUCGUAAUCUGUCACAGACCAGCCUCAGAGGAGACAGUCAUGAUAGUUGCCCCAGGCAAAGAUCCCACAGGACGAACAAAGUUAAUACUUGUUUCACCAGCAAUUUAAUGCCAGAUUUAAGUUGUAGCUUUGUCCUUGGUUACAUGAAUAUUACCUGACUUUUCGCCAUUCGUCCAGCAACAUUUUGACCAUACACUGCAAAAGUCGAAACAGCCUGUGAUGCCUCUGAGAUGAUCAGUUUUUAUGUCAUACCGUAGUAUGUCUACUAUACUGUAGUAUGUCUGCCAUUUCCUUAAACACUGUUUUUGUCUCAACAAUUUGCAGUGACAGUCAUAAAAUGUUUGUAUCUUACAUUAUGCAUCACUUAUUUGUGAGAGUGGAACAGCAAAGUUUUUCAUUGGAGGAGAGAUUUGUCUUUAUAUGUAAACAGGCACUACAUUCCUGUGGUGCGUGAGAAUCAGUGCAAAAGUAGGGUUCCCAAAUGAGGUGAGACAUGUUGAUGCAGAAACAUGAAAAAAAUUUAUGUGCACAAAUACAGGCUCUUACAGGCAAAGGGAAGCUUGGACUGGCAGCUACUUUCAGGUAGUAUUUAAAGGUGCAGUCAGCAGAUCCAAUACAUUUUUAUCUCCUCGUGUGUGUGCUGGUGUGUUCAUACACACCCCCAGCUCUGUAAAUGGGAAACAAAGAAAGUGGCUCAGACCAGCUUGAGUUCAAAUAUUAUUAAUCUUUCUCCAGAAUUGCUGACUCCGUCUUUAAAACAGUUUUAGGAAAAUUACCUCAGUAAAUCCUUACUCUGUAAUAUCCAUCUACAUCUGGUCCUGUCUGGAUGUUGGGGGUAAAGUAACUUCAGUUUCAGUUGUAGCAGUGAAUUAUGAGCAGCAGGGAUGCUUUACAUAUUGUCUCUUGGAGCCCCCAGUUGAAUCAUCAGUUUCUCAUUUUCAUUUACUAUAUAGUGUCUGUUUUCAGAGUUUGUAGGUGUGUAUCAGUUGCUAUUUGUCAGAACAUUAACAAAAGUGACCACUGGAAAAAAAUCAUUAGAUUAUAAUUCAGGCCAGUAAAACUUAAAAAAAACUAAAAAGGAACUACUGAUCCAAACAAAGUUCUUAGUGAUUAAACCAAAUAAUUUUAUUGGACCAGCUGAAAGGUUCUUUAAAAGGUGAACAUUUCAUAUUAUUACUGACACCUCGUGACUGUGACCGACACCUCUCUGUUUUCCCUCUAUUCUUCUGCUCUGGUCUUUGUGUGGCUGUGACGACAGCUUCCCAUAUUCUGUUUGCAUAUUUACUAAGUGAAACAUGUGGCACAUUGCAUAUUUGAUUCAUGUUUUUUCGAGGUCUGCUGAGUGUGUGGAUGAAAUAGAAACAGCAAAAUAGAAAUGAUUUGCCCUUUGUGUGGUGUUAAAGGGAGAUUUGAACUACCAGGUCUGUGAAGAAUCCUUUGUUCCUUGUUCUGCACCAUUUUUCUCUGCAUCUGGGAACGGGGACAUCCUGCAAAAUGUACGCUGCUUUAAGUGCUGUAGUUAUGAGAAUUCAGAAUGGUAUUUUUUUCUGUUUACCUGUUGCUAAUAUAUUGUUAUGAAAAGAUCUUGUUUGGUUAACAUAAGUACAUCAUUCUGUUUUUUUUUUAUUGGGUGUACAUUUACAUACAUUUUUAUAUUUCUAAUCGGUCACAACGACGUAUUAUGUUCCCUUUCCUGUUGUUGUUGUAAUGUUGUGAUGAAGAAAAUGUUUUAUAGAUAUAAAUCAAGCCUAUACUGUAAAAAUGAUGGUGAUGUGCAAAAUGUCUGUCGGCUCAUAUUGCUCAAGAAAGUGAGAUGCAGACAAAGCCUUCAGUGGCAGUCUGGAUAUGUCACAGGUCAACAAACUGCAUUCAAGCACAGAAGGGUCAAAAAGUGCCUAGACUAAGAUUGUACAGAAUAUUCUAAUAAAAUAUGGAGACUUAUUGACAAAUGCAACCUGAAUUUAUUGUUUAGGAUACUAAAUAGCUGAAAGUAAUGAGAUGUUAUAUUUAAGUAUUGUCGGCUGUCUUUGGUGAUUAAUAGAGUAGGUUGAACAUUCAUGGGACUUCUGUGGAUUUGUCUUUAAUUUUAAUUAUUUCUUGUCAUUUUUGGAGUUCAGUUUUCAGUAUUGUGAUUGUGUUGAAAUGUAUCUGCAAACUGGCCCCAGAUUAGAGACUUAAAUUCCACCCUUGGCUUUUACAAACCUGAUUUAAUGGUUUUUAUUUUCCAGCUUUUUUAUGUACACAAGGCUUCAGAUUGAAGUGGUGAACUCGUGAAAAAGUUUAACAAUUUAAAAAAAAAAAAUGCAUUUCCAACACAACGAAUAGUACGUAAAGAAUUUUAUUUUUUAUAUCCAUAUGUCCACUAUGUACGGUAAACACUGUAGAAGCAACUCAUGGUUUGCUCCUGGGGGAUUGGGCACUUGGUAUCUGUGUUUGGGACUUGAUGUAAAGAUUUGGUAACUGUUUUUGAAGAGCUUGGAUGUGUGUAUGUGGUCCUCCUCAGUUUGAAACUAACGUUACAUUUGAUCUGUUUCCAAAACACUCAAUAAAGAGACUUUUCAUGCAGUUA